CGUGAACGAGCACGUAUGACGGGCGCGUUCACGUGUGACCUUGUUUUUGUUGAUGUUUAAUGAGUCGGCUGCGCGCUUCUUGUCGUUGCUGACGCGACUCUCCCUGGGAAAAAGAACGCACCGAGGCUAGCGGCGCAAUACUUUAGUGUUGAUUUAUAAAUACACUGUAAGUUAACGCAAGUCAAUUGCCAACAAGCCUAGACAGCGAGGCAACGUAUCCCGUAUGUAAUCGUCCUUGCUUGUCACCGGACGCCGCCAGCAAAGGCCACAGAACAAAAUUGUUUAUCGACAUUAUAUGAUCCAACGUCCAGAGUCAGGUUUACCCUCCAUGUGGGUGAGGGAAUUGUGUGUGUCAGACUAUGGCGAGAAAAACAGUUAGCAGGAAAAGAAAGGCAGGGGAGCCCAAGGACCAACAACAGCUGGGCUGGUGUCAGGCGCCAUACAAGCGGAGUCGUGUCUCAUGUUCUUCACGUCAUGUGCAGUGGUGGCGCAGUCGCCACUCAGUGGUCUGCGCCCUCCGGGGCCGAGAGUUCCGACCUCAGCAGCAGUACGAAUUGCAGCUCCAGCGGAGCCUGCGUGGCUUUGCGGCCGGCAGGCUCCCUGGCAUCCUGAAGGAGAGGGAGUUUUCUCUUGGGCGCCUUAACAAAGUAUUUGCCUCACAAUGGCUCAACCAACAGCAGGUUGUGUGCGGGACCAAAUGCAACACGCUUUUUGUAACCAAUGUCAUGACCGGGCAGAUCACUCGGAUUCCCAUGCUCAAGGACAGGGAAUGUCACAGUGGAGGCUCUGUGGUGGGCGUGGUGCAGAAUUACCACAACACAGCCAGCUCUCAUUCCCGGCUGGACCAGCAGGGCUGUGGAAUCCAUGCUAUUGAGAUCAACCCCUCAAGAACCCUCCUGGCUACUGGGGGAGACAACCCCAACAGCCUGGCCAUCUACAAGCUGCCAACGCUGGACCCUGUUUGUGUUGGUGAUGAUGGCCACAAUGACUGGAUCUUCUCAAUAGCAUGGAUCAGUGACAGGAUGGCAGUGUCUGGUUCACGAGAUGGCUCCAUGGGUCUGUGGGAAGUUACAGAGGAAGUAAUGAACCAGGCACAGCACAGCCAGAGUGAUACGGCCAUGCCCUCCUAUGCCCACAUCUCCCACCGAGCCCUCAAAGACAUCCCAAAGGAGUACACCCAUCCGUACAACUGUAAAGUCCGUGCUCUGGCUUUCAACAACAACCACAAAGAAUUGGGUGCUGUCUCUUUAGACGGCUAUUUCCACCUUUGGAAAGCUGAGCACAGCUUGUGCAAGCUUCUGUCUACCAAACUGCCACACUGCAAAGAGAAUGUGUGUCUGGCGUACGGGCAGGACUGGUCCGUAUACGCUGCCGGAUCUCAGGCCCACGUGUCUUUUUUGGAUCCUCGUCAGCCGACGCAUAGCAUCAAAUCAGUCAAUUCCCGAGAGAGGGGAAGUGGAAUUCGUUCGGUGAGUUUUUAUGAGCACAUCGUGACGGUCGGCACCGGUCAGGGUUCGCUUCUCUUCUACGACAUCCGCGCUCAGAGAUUCCUCGAGAACCCUUUGAUCCCAGCUGGAGGGUACUGGAAGUGCUCGGGAGAUGGCAUCCUCAAGCUCACCACAGGGAAAGGCUGGCUGAAUCAUGAUGAGACAUGGAGGAGUUAUUUUUCAGACCUUAAUUCUUUUCCAAACGCCGUCUACACGCACUGCUACGACCACUCAGGCACCAAGCUGUUUGUAGCUGGCGGACCGCUCUGUUCCGGCCUCCAUGGCAACUACGCAGGAUUGUGGAGCUAGCCUCGUUAUCCUCUGCGUCACUGUAUGAUGACAUCCUCGUCCGCUUUUUUUUUAUCCAAACAGUCCCUCCGUUCCUCUCCUUGUGCAACAUCAUCGUCUCUGUUGGACUCAGGAGCACGACCUUGCCGCCAACCACAUCCCAGCUAUGCUUGUACAUCUUUGUGAACGCAUUGUAACAUUCUGUCAUCCCUUGUUCCUUUCUUUUCGUCGUUCCACCAAACCAAGCCUAUUUUUUAAAUUUAAAUAACAUGAGCUAGGCAUUUUCAAAAGCUACCAAUGAGGAACGAAGAGGGGCUUUUUAAAACCCGUAACCAACUGUAAUAGUGACUCAUACCAUUUGCAAUUGAUUUCAUAUGAAGUUGGGUUUAUAGCAUGUAAGAUUGUUUGUACCGCACCGCAUCCUUUGUAAGAUAUUAGAAUGUUUUUGUGAAGAUGUAACAUUCGGUUUGCUUUUCAACUGGAAUGAGUGGCAAAACUCAAAAGGAGGAGAGAAAAGAGGACUGAAGAAUUUUCAAGGACCUAACCUGUGUGCAAUUUGACUUUUGAUUGCUGGAACAUGUUCAGUUCAGUCCCAAAACACAUAAACGCUCAAAAACAAAACUGACGAUGACGGCCUAUUCCAAUCAAAAUUAGACAUUUUUGGGAGAAAUCAUAUAGGAGAGAAAUGCCAUGAUCGCUAAAUACAAUGUUCUGUUGUUAUAUAUGCCCUUUCUUUUCGAUUUUGAUUUGAGUGACAUACAACUGCUGAUAUAAUUUGUUUUAUAUGUAUUUAUUUUGCCCUUAUUUCACCCUCAUUUGAAUGGCUUGGGGUGAACUAAUUUUUGAAUUAGUUUUGUUUUUCCCCUAUAAACCUUUCUUGUUCGAUCAGAUUCGACCGCUUCCUGCAGUUUUGCACACUUUUUUGUGUUCAUAUACUUAUGUCAAAGUCUGGUGUCAGCCAAAUAGAGCGCUUUUUAUUGAUUUGGUUGACUUGCCUGUGAUGCUGAGGAGGCUCAGUGUCUUGGGAAGAAGAACCGAUAGCUCUGAAAUCCUUUCAUUCAAAUAGAAGCAUUAUUAAGGUGCAUUGCUCGGUACUACAUGCACGUGUCGCAGUUGUAAAAUUUCAUUUUCAUGUCCUCGUUUGGUAGACGCAGGGUAGGCUUGAGUUCAUUUUUGGCCUUGCUGAGUCAAGUCUUUCUGUGAAAGACUGCCAUAGGCGAUUAGUUUUUCUUUUUUUUUUUUUUACAUGGAAUAUUUCAUGAGUGAAAAAGAAAGAGAAAAAAAAAAAAACAAUUACAUCCUCAGUUUCAACAAAUAACCCCACAAUCCAAUGUGUAUUUUAUAUAAAUGUACAUGUAUGUGUGAAAUACAUAGGACAAUUGUAUGCAUUUUUUAUGUACAUUUUUGAGGAAUUGUGUGGAUUGAUGUAUCUAAUAAGUGAUUCCCUGUUUUUUUUUUAUAUAUAUACAAAACCCAUGAAUGUUUUUACUCAGACGCAAUGUGUAUCUAAGCAAAAACAUGAGAAAAAGAAGUUAUUGGAUAAUUAAAAAAAGUCAAAUACAAAAUGUA